UCCAGGCCCCCCAUCUGGGACCCUGGCUGUGCCGGUGCCAUCAAGUGGUGGGGCAGGGGGUGACUCCGUCCAGAGAUGCCCUGGGUGAGCUUUGGCUUCCUGCUGCUUCUGCUUCGAGGGACCCGGGCUCUCCAGGGGGCAGAGUUGUCCGAAUGUUUUAUGGUGAAUGGGGCUGAUUAUCGGGGGACACAGAACCGGACCUCACUAGAGAGCACUGGGCGGCCUUGUCUCUAUUGGAACCAGACACGGCAACAUGUUUACAACACGGCCAAGUACCCCAAUGGCGAGUGGGGAUUGGGCAGCCACAACUACUGCCGGAACCCAGAUGGUGAUGUGCAGCCAUGGUGCUACAUCUCUGAGAACGAGGAAGGGAUCUACUGGAAGUAUUGUGACAUCCCUACCUGCCACAUGCCUGGUUAUGUCGGCUGCUUCCUGGAUUCUGGGACUCCUCCAGCACUGAGCGGGAGCAGCGGCACCUCCACCAAGCUCACGGUACAAGUCUGCCUCAGCUUCUGCCGCAAGCGGGGCUAUAAGUUUGCAGGAGUAGAAGCCGGCUACGCGUGUUUCUGCGGCCACGAGGGAGAUAUCCGGCGCAGCCAGCCAGUGAGCGCCGUGGAGUGUGACCAAGUAUGCUUCGGCAAGUCCAGCGAACUGUGCGGGGGGGACGGACGGAUCGGCAUCUAUAACGUAUCCAUGGGUGCCUGUCACGGAAACUUCAGCGAUCUCUCCGGGGUGAUCUACUCGCCGCAGUUCCCAGACGACUACGAGGCCGACAGCAACUGCAGCUGGGUCCUGCACCCUCCGGGCUGCGAGUCCUUGGAGCUGACUUUCCGGAUCUUUGACCUGCAUGACCCCAAUGACCGCCUGGAGCUCCGGGAUGGACACAGCAACCAGCCGCUGGCCCAGUUUGACGGGCGACGGAGGCCGGGGGCUCCCCUGCUGCUGCUGCCCACCGACUACCUGAUCCUUUCCUUCCAGUCGGACCAGCUCUUGCAAGCCCAGGGCUUCGCCAUCUCGUACAGGGGGGUGAAGGGUCCCUCGAUCAACGAAGCCCGAUCGGACUUACGGACACUCCCGGGCGAUGGAUCCCGUCUUGUCCCGACCUCCUCUGAGUGGCUCAACUCCACCUGGACUUACAGUGCCAAUGACUCUGCUGUCGGGGUAGGAGCUUGGGUGAUGUACACUGCUACGGGGACCUUUGUCUUCGCCGUCCUCAUCAUCUCGUAUCAUCUGCGUAAAAGGACUUGCCUUUUUGUGCAGAAGAAGACCGGCAGUUCUCUGGGCCCUUUCUCCUCCAAAGGCCCACGAAGUCGCUGCCAGUGCCUCGGUGGCGAGGCGUGGGCCGUGGCCUACCGACACACACGUGUGGUGAUCUGUACCACGCGUGGUGCUCCACACCACCGCCCCCUGCACAACGGUGGCGGGGAUGAUGAGGCCUCCUCUGACUGCUCCUGCCUGUGCCACAGUUACGAGAACCUUUCUUCUACCAAUCAGUCCUCUCUCAAGUCUCUCAUCUCCACCAUCUGAAGCCACAGGGGUCCUGUCAUUUCCCCCCUCUCGCCACCACAUCCAUUCAGGGACAGGUCCCCCUUUCUGUUGCCAGACUUUACAUAUGGAAUUUCCUUGGACGACUGGAUAGGAAGCAAUCUGAACUCUAUAGCCACAUCCCCUCAGGGCGGGAGGCAAGAGAGCUAUAGCUUAUUGGAAGUCGAUGUCUGGGAUGUGUGGUUGAUAGCGACAUUCCAGGGAAACGGGAGACCCUGCGUGAGCAUGAGCAGUGUUUUACAUGGCUGAGAGAGCCUUAAUAAGCUGCCGCUGAAGCUAUCCCUAGGUGGAGUACAAGGUGACGGGGAACGUAUAGCCAUAUCUCUUUGGGGAAAGACGUAUACUCCUCUUUGGAAGCAAGUAGGCCCCUUACUGGUGCUGGAAUUUUUUAACCAUUUCCUGUGAGAUGCAGAGGACUGGGAGGGACCCCCUCCCCCCAUUUCUGCUGUCGAAAUCUCCAUUGCAGCAGGAGGGGUUUAGGACCAUGGAUCGGACCGUGCUGGGAAUCACAGCUCCUUCUGAUACCGCAUUUUGCGAAGGGCUAGGAAUGGUGGGAUCCUGUGGCUGCAUCCGUACAGCAUUUUGAAGCUGGGGCAGGGGACCUGCUGCCCGGAGGGUGGCUGGCCUGCAGACACUGAACGGAAAAGGGGGUCCUUGGUUGCAUGCUGAGCCGAUCGCUAUGGGGCCGUUUGGGUACAAACUGAGUCCGGAGGCCAUGGGACACGCAGAAGAAGAAAGGAUAUUCAUUGGGGGACACCAGAGAGGCGUCAGAGAAGAAGAGAGGAGAUGAGAACCAACCCCUUUGUCUCCCUGUGCCCCACA